UUCUGUCUAAUCGGAACUUUAUAGUUUAAACAUUCUACCUUAGUAAAUUUUUGAUACGUUUUAUUUAUUUAACCACUUGAAAAAAUAUAUAAUUGGUAUAAAUCAUUAAUUAGACUAUAUUAUUUUACCUUAUAAAAGUUCCCAUUCGAUAGGCAAAUGAAUAUAAUAAAUUCGGUACAUUACAAUUUAAUAUUAUAGGUUAAAUAUCGAUUAUCUUAACUACGUUACAACACCGAUUAAUUAGACUACUAUGAUACCUACUGGGUUAAUAAAUAGCAAAGAAAAUUAAAUAUGCGCAAACUAGAUAAGCAUUUAUCAAUUACUUUUUUUGUAAAUAAAUACAUAAAUAUUAUGUGCAUACAAUUAUAGUAAUUAACAAUGAACAAAGAUUAAAAAAAUAAUUAGUAUUUUAUCUGUGCUUUAUAUAUUUCAGUAGCGUUUAUAACAUUUAGCGGUCAUUACUUCUCGGCUUCUUAUUAUAUUUCUUGAACCCUCUCUGACAUGUGCAAAAACAAGUGCCUCCAUAUCCAUUCCAUGUUGAGUUCUUAUUAAUGUCAGUAAGAGGGUAAUUUAAUAUUCAAUGGAUAUUAAAAUUAUAUAGCACAGUAUAAAGUCCAGUUUCGACAAUCGGGAUUGCUAUCGCGUUGAAAUGACGAUCCAGAAAGUGUCAAUUCAGUAUCUCGUCCACCCUCAAAACAUAUACUCACAUUUUAAACAGCCGGAAUUAAGUUUUAAAUUAUUUUUAUAUCACAAAUUAUCAGUUUUAAAAAAUAUCGUCGGUGUCUUCAUAAUGACAUAACAGUGAUUAUUUUCAGAAAAAGUUUCUAGUCAAUUAAUUUAGUUCUUUUUUUUUAAUUAAAAAAAACGAUAGCAUUGAAAACUUUUUGGAUUAAAAAGAAAGUGCUGUGAUCUAGUUAAAAUGAGUUGUAUGGGUUUCACGGACAGGCAAUGGUUAACAAUUAUAGUUAUUUCAAUAGCAGACUUCUGCAAUGCCAUUUGUGUGGCAUUACAAGCACCAUUUUACCCUCUAGAGGCCGAGAAAAAAGGAUGUACGGCGGCUGAAUACGGGCUAGUAUUUGGUAUAUUCGAGCUGGUGGUAUUUUUGGUGAGCCCAUUAUAUGGAGCACAUCUCAAUCGGCUCGGACCUAAGCUGAUGUUCAACGGGGGCAUCCUUACCACCGGUACUUGCGCCAUACUCUUUGGGCUCCUGGAUAAAGUAGAAGGGCACAUACCUUUCAUCUCGCUGAGCUUCGUGAUUCGAGUCAUAGAGGCGAUGGGUAACGCCGCCUUCCUCACAGCUUCCUUCGCUAUCAUCGCGAAGGAGUUCCCUAAUAACGUCGCCACUAUGUUUGCGUCUUUGGAAACCUUUUUCGGGCUGGGCCUGAUUGUUGGUCCAACAUUGGGCGGAGCACUGUACGGUCUAGGGGGGUACACGUUGCCAUUCGCUGUACUCGGCUCAGCACUCUUCUGUGCUGCCAUCAUGAGCUGCUUCGUUCUUCCCAGAAGCCAUGACGAUGAAGACGUAAAGCCUACAGGACCGAAUAUGUUCACAUUGCUUCAAAUUCCUGGCGUAUGUAUAGCAGCAAUAAGUAUCAUCUGCACCAGCAUGAGCAUAGGAUUUCUACAGGCAACGCUCGAGCCACAUUUGCGUCAGUUUAAAUUUACACCAGCAGUGCUGGGUUUGAUGUUCGUUAUCAACGGUGGGAUUUACGCAAUGUCAGCGCCGGCGUGGGGCUGGCUAUGCGACCGGCCCAGUAUCAAACCCAAGUACAUCACGGCUAUGGGCUGCGUUUUUGUAGCUGCUGGAUUCCUCCUAGUCGGACCAGCUCCAUUCUUUAAUAUGCCCACUAUAAUUUGGGUGACCGUAGUUGGUUUAAUACUACACGGGUUAGGGAUUGGAUGCCAGCUGGUCGCCUCUUUCAGCGAUGCACUCAGCACGGCUAUUGCAAGUGGACUACCAAACUCGAUUGAAACUUACGGACUUGUGUCGGGCAUGUGGACAUCUACCUUCGCUUUAGGAGCUUUCAUCGGCCCAACAGUAUCUGGGGUACUUUUCGACUCCAUCGGAUUCCAAAACUCAACACUAUUCAUCUUUGUUCUCCAUGUUUUGGUGAUGGUGAUAGUCCUCCUGUAUCUCUGGACUUACGAUCGCGGUUACAAGAUGGACGUAUCCGUCUCUGCCGGUGAUCUCCUGCAGUUGGACGGAACGUUAGACGAGAGCGUACUCGUAGGAGACAACUACAUACCGCCCAUAAGAUCAAAAAGUCGCCAUUGCGGUAUCAGUAUGGAGCAGUCCCGUCCUCCGGCUAUGAACAGUCUGAUUGCCUGCUCCAGCUACAAGAACCGCCGCAGCCCGUGGACCCAGCGCACGCCACGUUACAGGCCCACAUACGGCAGCCUGGACCAUAGAUUCAGAGUCGCCCACGUCACAUAAUACAAUAUCUGUGCUAAUGUCCUAAUAAUCGUAA